AUUGUCUGUUUGACAAAGACAAAUUAUUGUUAAUUGGGGUUUUCAUUCUCUCUCUCUCUCCUCUUCUCAUUUUCAUUUCUCACACUUCAAACAAGGCCUUGUUUGCCUCUGCAAAUCUACCUAUAUAUAUAUAUAUGUAUGUAUGUAUGUAUCUAUUUAGGGAUGAUCAGUUUCAAGAGUCUUUGAAGAAAAAGAGAAUUAGGGUUAUCUGUGUGUGACUGUAUUGUUUUAGAGAGAGAGAAAGAUAUAUAUAUAUAUAUAUAUAGAGAGAGAGAGAGAGAGAGAGAGAGAGAAGUGGGAUUUUGUUUUUGUUUAUGUUUAUGAUUGGGAUUAGUUUUUAUUUGAGUGUGGUUUUGUAAAUUUGGAGUGACAAAUGAUGGCUGGAAACCCUAAUUGGUGGAGCAUGAUCAAUGGCAUGCAUCCACAACCUCAGCUCACUAAUUCUCAUCACCACUUUCUCUAUGGCAACCCUAACCCUAAUUAUUCUCCUCCGCCGCCGCCGUCGUCGUCGAUUACCGGCUCGAAUUCGGCUCCCGAUCAUCAUCAUCACCAAGAUCAAGAGCAAGAUCAAGACCAAGAACAUGAUCAUCAUCCCUCCCAAGAUUUCCCCACUGUUAGGUCUUGGAGCCAAUUACUUCUGGGAGGAUUGGGAGAUGAAAGAUUUGGGGGCAAUCUGUUCCAGCAGAAGAGAUUGGAGAAUUGGGAAGAUCGAGUUCUGAAUAAUUUGAAUCCAUCUUUUGCUAGGGUUCCACCUCCUGCAGAUCAUGUCAAGCAAGAAUUUUCUGCUCAAUUCUUCGAAAAUCAUCAAAAUAAUAAUGACCAGUUUCACCAAAAUCGAUCUUCUUGGCCUCAUACUCAUCUUCAUCAUCCACAAAUUUCUUCCCCAAACAAUAAUAAUAAUUCUUCCACAACCCCUAUUAGAAACAGCUUCCUGAAUUUCUCCAACUCCAAAUCGACAACUCCGCCGCCGCCGACGACGACGACGACGACGAAAGGGAGGAAGCACCACCACAAUCAAGAUCAUUCAUCUGAGGGCAACAGCACAAGCAGUGGAGGAGUACAACCAAAGAAGCCUAGAGUACAACAGUCUUCAGCCCAGCCAGCUCUCAAGGUGAGAAAAGAGAAGUUAGGGGAUAGAAUAACUGCACUUCACCAACUCGUUUCCCCUUUUGGAAAGACUGACACAGCUUCUGUCCUCUCUGAAGCCAUUGUCUACAUUAGAUUCCUCGAGGCUCAAAUUGAGGCACUGAGCUCUCCAUACAUGCGCAAUGGCAGUGGAAAUAACAGUAUUCAUCAUCACCAACAUUCUCUGGAUUGUGAGGGGGGCCCGGGAGUUAAGGACCUGAGAAGUAGAGGGCUGUGUCUGGUCCCGACCUCCUGCACUCAGAACGUGCCGGGAAGCACCGAUCACGGCGGCGCCGACUACUGGGCGCCGCCGGCGUACGGCGGCGGAGCAUCGGCGUUCUGAUCGAUAUAUUAUCAAUCUGAAGAAACGAAAGAAUGAAUGUAAGUAACAUCAAGAGCAGUCAUUCGAUGGAUAAAUAUUUCCAAUUAAAUAAAAAAUAUAUAUAUAUAUGUAUUAAAAUUAGAAUGAAGAAAAGAAAUUAAAGCUUGAGUUCCCUUCU